AUGAAGGCUAAACGGGUCUUUGUUCAGCCCAUUAUGAAACAACUCUUCGAGAAUUUGGACACCUCCGAUUCUCAAGAGCCACCAACAGCCGUUGGUUUUGGAGAUCAUCAUCAACGAUUUGGUCGCACAGUAGAGGAUGCUAACAGUGGUGAACAAUCACCCUGUACACCCACUGAAGGGUCUGGCUUUCAUUUCAAUGAUAACAUCUUCUCAACUCCAAAGCUCUGCCCUCCCACUCCAACUAAAACACCAGCCACCACAGCUCUAAAACCCAACACCAACACAAAAUCAAUGGCAAGCCUUAAAACACCAUUGUUUGAUUCGGAGAGUGAGGAGAGUGAUAGCGGUGAUGAAAACAAGUUUGUCAUUCGCUCGCCUGUUCAACUCAAGCACUCGGCUCAUCAAUCAAGACCCAAUCGUUUUAAGAUUCAACCAACACCUUUAUCCAAGACUCCUUUCCAUAACAAUAGAUCUCCUCUUGCUCCUGUUCCUCCAAUGACCACUACUACCACUGCCAAUACUAUCAAUCCAACCUCAACCACAUUGUUUAUGGAACCCACACUCAAAGCAUCCCAUCAACCAAAAGCUCAUCGCGACUUUUCACUUGUAAGCCCAAUGGCCAACAAGAAUUCUUCACACAAACAACAUCACUCAUCAUCGCUCAGCAAUAGAAACAGUGCAAAACCUAAUUUUGUGUUGUUAGCCCAAAAUAAUGAUCGUGAGGACGAUGAUGAAUUGACACCUCCUGGUCUCAGUAAGAAGAGACCAUUUGACGCCAUUCGAAGUCCUGCAAGCACAAAAAGUUACAGUGGCAGUGAUUACAGCAGUAGUAGUAUUAGUGGAGGCAGCAGUACCAAACAUUCUCUCUUGGGUGGCACUCCUAAUUUCAAUUUUGAUGAACAUACCAUGAUGCCUCCUUCUGGAUCCUCUUCGUGUUCUUCUCCUGAUUCCAAAGUGGUUCCUCCUCCCUGUAAAAAAGUUACAAGUUAUAUGGAUUUGUCGAGUGACGACUUUGCUUCCCCAAGCAAUGUUGCCGUGAUGCGUCCACCUCCCAGCACCAUCAAACCAAAACAUGGUGCUACUCCCUCGACAACCUCGCCAAUUGCCUCAAUGAAUUGGUUUGCAAGCCCCUCUGUUUCCAAUAACCCUUCGAAUCCUUUAUUGGAAACUCCAAUUAUUGAGACGACACCUCCCUCACCAAUUCUUUUCAGCAGCAAUACAUCUUCUCAACAACCUUCAAGCUCUACCUAUUUCCAAAGUCUCACAGAGACUAAACAUCUUGCCAAAAACAAUCCUGUCACCUCUCCAAUCCUCAAAACGUCAUCAACUCUUCAAGAUGUUUUCCACUCUAGUAAAUCAGUUUCUGAUUUUGAUUAUGAUGCCAUUGUUGACGGUUCAGAUGGAAUGAUCAGUGAUGACGACAAUGGAUCUCUUGAAGAUUUCAACGAUUUGCAAAGCCAAAUGCAACCUUCUACUCCACCUAGAGCUACACUCUCUCAAUCCACCUCUCCAUCCAUGUUAAAUAUUCAAUUGGUUCCAGGUCGUUUAAACGUUACUGAAGAAGUGCAUGAAAAUCCAUUUUCUCCCGAACGAAAUUUCAAAAAGACAAAACCUGAAGAUGAUUUCUUUUCAAUUAAUGAUGAUAAGAAUACUUCUUCGUAUCUUCAAGGAAAACUCACAUCUACUGUAAAGAAAUCUUCGAAAAAGAAGAGACAAUCAGAAAUUACUGACUCUUCACAUAAUAUAAGUGAGGUGGAUCCGAUCUUUGAAGUUUACUUUUCCAGAUAUUUGGAAGAAUUCGAAGAACUUGGAGUUUUAGGAGACGGCUGCUUUGGUAAGGUCACAAAGGCCAAGAACAGAUUCGAUGGCAUGUGUUAUGCGAUUAAAACCAUGAAGAGGAAAAUCAAAGGAUCCAAAGAUAAGGACAAGAUUCUUAAAGAAGUCCAAGCUCUCGCAACCCUUGUAGAUAAUCCAUACCUUGUAAGAUAUUAUAGUUGUUGGAUUGAAGGAAAACUUCCUCAAUUUAGUCUAUUUUUACAAACUGAACUUUGUGAAGGAGGAUCCUUAGCCAGACGAGUUGGCAAGCAUUCCUUUUCAGAGAUGGAGUUGAUUGACCUGAUGAGACAACUUGCCUCUGGACUUAUGCAAAUGCAUGGACAAAACAUUGUUCAUCUCGAUUUAAAGCCUGACAAUAUUUACAUUAGUUGUGCUCAGGAAGACAAGCCAAGAUAUAAAAUUGGAGAUUUAGGCCUUGCUGCAAGCUCAUUGGAAACUCUGCAGGAUGUCAUGGAAGGUGACUCUCGAUACCUUGCAAAGGAAUUAUUGGGCAAUGAAAAUGGAAAUAUUGACUUGACUAAGGCAGACAUUUUUUCUCUUGGUGCCACAAUUUAUGAAUGUGCAAUUGGAAGAUCUUUACCAACUAAUGGAGCUGAGUGGCAUGAAAUUAGAAAUGGAAAUUUGAAAGAUUUACCCAUGCAUUACUCGAACAUGUUCAAAGAUGUAUUACUUUCUCUGAUGCACAUUGAUCCAUCACAGAGACCUUCUGCCUAUCAUUUGUUACAACAUCCAAUUUUUGCUCAACAAAAGUUGUCAGAGAAUGAGCUCAUUCAGACCAUUCAACACCAACAAAAUAUCAUUAUCAAAUUGAAGGAACAAGAAGCUAUUUUACGAAGAAAAAUUGAAGAAUUGGAGAGCUAUGGAACGAGGAAAAAUUGA